AUGAUCCUCUUUGCCAUGGUGGCGAGCCUCUGCACCGUCGUAACAUCCAUGGACAGCAACUGUACGUUGGUGCAGUGCAAAUCGUCGAUGGCGCCUUCUCCAGCAGCUCCGGCUCCCUCGCCGGCGUCGUCCUCCUCUUUCAACAGCACGUUCUGGUUCAACGUCGUCGCGCUACUGGACGUGCUCCCGUCGGCCGCGGCGCCCACAGGCUUCGCUUCCCUCGCCCGCGGCAACGGCACCGACCGCGCCUUCGUCCGAGGCAUCUGCCGCGGCGACACCGCGCCGCCCGACGGCUCCAGGUACCUCCGGAGCGCCGCGCUGGGCAUCCAGAGGAGCGGCUGCAACAGCAGCCGCCGCAACGCCAUCUGGUACGACGACGGCUCCACGGUGACAUAUCCGGCGCCGAUGAUGUCCUUCAUCAGCUACGCCGACACCAACACGUCGACCAGCGACGAGGAUGCGUUCCGGUGGGUGGACCACAACACCGGGGAGGUCUCCGACAAGGACGCCUUCGAGGAAACCUACAACGCGCUCAUUAGUAAACUCACCGCGCGCGUCGUCAACGGCUCCGCCGCGUCGUCAUCGCUAGCGCCGAUGUUCGCGACAGGAGAGGCCGUGUAUGACAGCGCUGCCCGUAACGGCACCAUGUACGGGCCACUGCAGUGCAUGAGGGAUAGGACGGCGGCGGAGUGCGACCGGUGCUUGCAGGACUCGAUAAGGCUGCCGCCACGCUGCUGCUACGGUAACCAGGGCUGGGUGGUGCUCGGCUACAACUGCUACCUGCGCAUGGAGAUAUACCCUUACUACGAUCUGGCCCCUCGAUGCGCCGCUGCCUCUAGCGGCACCUCCGUCCAUCUUCGCCGGAGAAAUGCAGGGAAAAAAGGUGUUCGCUACGGCUCUCGCCAUCGGCCUCCCUAUUGGAACGGGUACAUUACAAGACGGGGAAGAAAUAGCUGCGAAGAGGCUUUCACAGAAUUCCUCACAGGGAUUCCACGAGCUGAAGAACGAGAUUGUGCUGGCUACCAAGCUGGAGCACAGGAACCUGGUGCGGCUGCUGGGGGUUUCCCUGCAAGAAGAGAAGCUGCUGAUCUACGAGUACAUGCCCAACAGAAGUCUAGACACCUUCCUUUACGUAAAAACCCAGUGAAACGGCAGCAGCUAGAUUGGAGCAGGAGGUUUGCCAUCAUCAACGGUAUUGCACGGGGACUUCUCUAUCUCCACGAGGAGUCCCGUUUGAAGGUCAUCCACAGAGAUCUAAAGCCGAGCAGCGUAUUGCUUGACGCGGACAUGAACCCCAAAAUUUCGGAUUUUGGAAUCGCCAGGGCUUUCGGCAGAGACCAAUCCAGAGAUAUAACAAGACAACCUGUUGGAACCCUCGGGUACAUGGCCCCAGAGUAUGCUUACUGGGGGCAUGUCUCCUCCAAGUCAGACACGUUCAGCUUCGGUGUUAUAGCUCUGUUCGGCAAGAUUUAUUGCUAUUGUGGUUGA